AUUUGUCUGACUGGUUUCUUGCAGAAAGCUGUCAUCUCAUCAAAUCCCUUUAAUGUCAAGACCAAGAACUCCUCCAUUAUUGAGAAACUUCAGGCAAAUCUUGCCCUGUCGCCCACUGCUCUGCUGCCUUCACCCAAGAGUCCUGAGGUGAGGCUGCAGCCCACCCCGUUGUCCCCCGUUGUCCCCUACAGCCCGCUGACCUCACAUCUGUCCAGUGAAGAGGAGGAUCCCAUCAGCUUCGACAGCCCUCCUGAAGGCAUCCCGCUGCCCAACUUCAACAAGACUCGUGCAAGAUUAUCAUUCAAAAGACGCCCACCCACAAGACAGCACAGAAGGUCAACUGGAGAGGAAAUAGGAGCCAUCGGGGGUGUUCAGUCCCCAUGUGAACUCUAUGGCCCAAAAGUAAAUGGGGACCACGUUGUUGAACAUGGACAGCCAGCAAGUCUGAAUGAAGCUGAAGAGAAGGACAAGGACUGUGAACAAACAGAGGAUGAGGUAGCACGGAGUGACCCAGAUUACAUGGGACAUCCAGAGGAAGAGCAGGAAGCAGAACAAACCCAGAACGUGGAGGUCAUGGAGGAGGAAGAGCAGCCUUCAGAGCCUAGCACUUCCAUGCAGAUAGAGGGCGACGUUGAGACCGAGGAGAUGGAGGAGAUGCCUCAGGAAGAGCACUAAGCAAGCAAAACUUGGUGUCAACUAUGAAAAAGAAAAUUAACAAAUUAUGUUUUGCUUUGAUUAAGAAAUCUACUAAAAUACUCCAAGAUCAUUUGUUUAAAUGACUUGGUACCUGCUCUUCAUAAGUCCCUCUGUCGCCCUCUCCUGGCCGUCUCUCAGAACAGGUCUACAAACACUGGAGAGUUAUGAGAAGCAGCUAUUCCCUGCAUUUGGAAAUCAGCAUCAAGGUUGAUGUAGCAUCCAUUAUCACGCAAGAGGGAUGUUGUGUCAUAUCGAAAUCAAGUCUUCAUGAGAAGAUUCCUAUUUUUUCGAGAAAUUGCUUUUUCUUCUUUGCAAAUCAAAGACAUUGUUAAGAGUGCAAUUACAUGUCAGAAGUAUCUGUCAUGUACAAAGGACUUUGGAAAUGCUGAAU